AUGUGUGAUAAUCAUCACGAAGAUAACGACGUCAGCAAUAACAACUCGUGUACUUGUUCCAACUCGACGUCAGGAACAUCAAAUAAUAAUUGUUGCAAUAGCAAUGACAACCUCAUCAAUUCAGAUGCUCAACCUUGUUGCUCCGAAGCAGCAUCCUCCAACGAUGUGGUAUCAUCAUCGUCAACAACCAACAACAACAACACAUCAUUGGAACACAUAGACAAGGAAAAAACACCUAAAUUUAUAAACCCAAUUAAAAAGCGUAACAAGAAAGAAAAACAAGCGGAUAUGCUUCUGAAUAAGGAAAAUCCAGGUCCAGGAAUUAAAGGAAGACGAGGAGUUGCUGUGAACAAACAAACUUUUAUUGAAAACACACACAAACAAUUCAAAAUUAAUCUCAACGAAAGGAUUACAAAGGGUGAUUGCGUUUUAGUUUGUUUUAGUGGAGGAGUUAGCUCAACUGCAAUGCUUUGUAUGUUAAACCAAUGUGUCUCUCCAAACCCAAAUUGGAAAUUGCAUUUCAAGUGGGAAUAUCUUUUUGUAGAUAUUAGUGGAGCGUUGGGAAUGAGUGAUGAUGAGAGAAGGAGACUUUAUGAGCAAAUAACGACUGUAUGCUCGAAUACGAAUGAACAUAACCAAACACUUCAUAUUCGAUCUAUCGAAGACAUGCUAUUUGAUGGAAGUGUUGAAAAGAUGCGCGACUUUAUUUUCAAACAAUUUAAAACAAUGAGUGUUCAUGAAGAUUUACUGAACCAAAUGGUCAAGACUUGUAUUUACAAAUUCGCAGCUGAGAAGAAUUUCAAGCAAGUAUUGACUGGAGAAAAUGCAAAUCGUUUGGCAAUUGGUGUUCUAAGUGAAAUAAGCAAGGGACGAGGAUAUACAAUACCACUUCAUAUCCAACUUGAAGAUUCAAGUAUGAAUGGAAUUCCUACGUUCAAUCCAUCAUCAGAUUUACCUAUAACCUUUAUUCGACCUAUGAAGACCUUCCUUGCGAAUGAAUUGGCAAUUUAUAUUUAUUGGUUCAAAAUGAAUCAAAAUCUUUUUGUUAAAGACAUUACCACUAAGGUUGGAGUUCGUCAAAGUACCAUUUACAGGCUUGUUGAAGAUUUUGUAUCCAUGCUGCAGAAGGAUUAUCCAUCCACCGUUCAUGCUAUUUUGAGAACCAUUGAAAAAUUGAAGACACCAGAACAAACAAGAAUUAAGUGUGCUCUUUGUGGAGCUUUCCUUUCAGAGGAAGAUGUGCAAGAAUUGAAAAAUAGUCUCGAAAGGAUUACCGAGAGCGGUAACGUUUCUGAAGAUCAAUGUGUUACUGAAAAUCAUUCUCUCCAUCAUGAUAAUGUGAGUCUUUCUCAAUGUUGUUGUUUUGGAUGCAAGCGAGUGUUGUCCUACUGUAACACUGAGAAUAGAGAGAGCACUGCAAAUAUUGCAAUUACUGACCUUACCAGUGAGGUUUAUGUCGAUGAAUCAUUCCCUGAAUAUAUUCAACGAGGGUAUCGAAUGUCACGAAACGAAAUGAGAAAACAAAUUUCAGAAUUUUUACUUGAUGAUGAGUAA